AUGUAUUUGCUUAUUGUUCAUAUACCGUCUGCCAUAUAUGUUUGGAUUGGUAAGAAUUGUGAGGCCAUCAUGGAAAGGGAUGCAAGAGGGGCUGUUUGUCAGAUUGUUCGGUAUGAGAGAGUGCAAGGUCCAAUAACUAUAAUCAAGGAAGGGGAAGAACCAGCUUACUCUUGGGAUGCUUUCUCAAACAUUUUUCCAUUGAUGGAUAAGUCUGGAAAUGGAGGGGAGGUUGGGGAAUCAACAGUUAAGAUUCAUCCAGGUGAAAGGAAAACAGACGGAUAUAAUGUUGAUUUUGAAAUUUUCCAGAAAGCUAUUAGGGGUAGUUUUGUACCUCCAUUUGCAUCCUCCGAGAAUGAACACGAAACCCAUCUUCCUGCUAGAGAGAGUAGCUGGAGUAUGCUCAGGCGUAAGUUUGCCUCUGGCAAUAUGAAGGAGUUUGUCUUAGCACCCAGGAUAUCCCUCUCCAGGGUCUAUUCAGAUUCUAUGAUGUUAGUUCAUACAGCUAAAAUAAUUCAUCAGCGUCCUUCAUCUUCAUCGUCCUCCUCUUCUUCACCUCUAUAUCUAUCACCAGAUUCCAUAUCUUCUGAAUCAAGCACUAGUUCGAAGUACUUUCAGAAUCCUCUAUGGAUUCUCCCAUCAGCAGCUUCAUGCUCUCUUCCAGUCUCUUCAACAUUGUCAAAUGAUUCUGACAUGUCUCUCCUCUCAUCUAAAUCUUCUGAUCAACCCAUGUCUAAUAGUCCAGAAAACGUUGUUUCCAAUUGUAGUUCACAGUCCUAUUCUCGAUCAACCUCAUUACCAUCCAAAAAGUUAUCUCCUCUUGCAGAGCGCAGAGGUAGUUUGUCUCUCAAGUUGCCUGUGAUGAGUGAUAAGAUGAGGUUGAUGAGUACUUCCUCAAAAUUUCUUUCCACUAAAGAAGAUGGUGUUAGGAUAAAUGACAGUACUUGUUCUGUAGGUCACAUAGAUGAUAUUGACAAGGUAUUAGAGCCAAAGGAUGGUGUUCAAAAGGGAGGAGAAUAUUCAAGACAACAGUGCAACAUAUGCCAGAAGGAACCUUCUUUUAUCAAACAUUCUGCUGAACCUUGGAAAAAUUUCCCUUUGGAAGAAGGUGCAGGAUCAUCUGCCUCAAAGGAGACUGGGGAAAGUUGUCCAGCACAAUGUAAUUUUAUGCAACCUUUUGUAUGCCGCUGGCCCAGUUUAGAGAAGAUUGCUACAUUUGGUGUGAGGGAACUAGAUUCUAAAUCUUCUUUCACUAUUUACUCACCAAAUACAGGUGUUGGAAAAAGUGAAAGACAGUGUUUUGUAUCUUUGGGUAGGAAGAUUUUUCACUGUGGUAAUUUUCCGAUUCAAUUAGAUAGUGGCAGAGAGAGAACUGAUGUAGAAGAGACUGACUGGGAUAUAAAUUUGAGUUUACUUCGACCUAUUUCUUAA